AUGAACCUAUUGAAGCUCCCAUCUCUUGUCCAGCAGAAGAUAUUUGGAUUUAUCGAAUUUGAUAAUCUCCUAGUUCUAUCUCUAAUUCUUUCAUUCUGCUCCAAACGAACCAGAUAUUUGGCUCGUCCCCUACAAAAAUACCGUUCGAAAUACAUCACCACUAUAACAACGUCUUACCGUCCUUUUCGGAUUCGCUUUGGAGGAUUGCCACGUCAUCUGCACACCUUCAGUCUCUACCUGUCUGCGCACAGUGUCCCACCAACAGGAAUAAAACUGGCAAUGUGCUCUCAUCGACUGGAAUUAUCUAUGAGAUCAUGGAAGUACAAACUCAAAAAACUCGAAGUUGAAUUAAGACAUGAAUCUCUCCUAUUCGACCUAACACAAGAAAAUAACAGCUCUGAAAUUGUUUUCAGGGAUAUAGAGCGGAAGCCCCAUUCAGAGCCUCUAACCAAAAUAUCUCAAUUGUGUGACAGAUUGGAGAAAAACAAGUACUCGGCAGCAUAUAUUCAAGGUUUCUCCCGGGAAACCAUGCUUGAUUUAUACAAUCUUGUCGUGUCACUCUACGCACCUGCCACUAUUAGAUGGGUACUUGACGUCUAUGAGUUAUCACGAGAGACUCUUCUGAGAUAUUUGGAUAUGGGUUUGGCUAUAAACUGUUCUGAGAUAAGUAUCGAAAAUGGUGAUCUGAGUAUUGAACGAUUAACCGAAUUGAUGGAUAGAAUAACAGUAACAAAAAUACUAAAAGUUACUUCAUGGAUUCCAUCAGAUUUCAAACAUCCAAAUGCAUUCAAAUAUCGGGCUAUAUGA